AUGAGCUUCGACCAGGAGAGUGACUCCGACCGAGAGUCAUCCAUCGAGGAGGAUAACCGCAUUUUACCCCACGCCGAGCUCACAACGGACGUCAAACCUGUUGCCCGUUCUGCGCGCACUCGCUUCGAUCCUCCUCUGCCUGCAUACGGUGGUGAGGGCCAGGAGUUCCAAUCGCAGGAAUCCGGUGAUGAGUCGGAUAACAGCGACUAUACCCCUCCAGUCUUGCGGACUUUUUCCUCUCUUAACCCGCCCUCCUACUCGGACGACAGCGAAAACGACGACGACGACGACGAAGAAGAAGAGCAGGAGCAAGAUAAUAGCCAGCGAGCGGAAGAACAGUUGCUGAACGGCUAUGAUAUGUAUCAGCCCACCCAACACUCGCUCACUGCGGACCAAAAUCUCAAUUAUUCAAUUCCCCCAAUCCCUUCGCAAGACGAGCUGCCGCAGCCAAUCUACUCUAGCGAAGACGAGGACAGACUGCUCGACAAGUAUGCGAUUUUGGCUGCUGCGAGCAGAGAUCGUACCCCGGAACCCAUUGAUGGUCCAGACGAGGACGUUGAUGCACCACCUUCGGCUCAGCCACGGGAAGACAUUGAAACGACAAAGGCCGCUCCAGCUGUCGUUCUUGGUGCCAGCUUCGCUGCCGAGAAUCCCGGGAUGAACGGUGACGUUGUUGAUGACUCUACGCCGUCCGAUCCAGAUGUCGACAACGACCCUGUCACCGAGACAACGCCCAGCAAGCAAGCCAAGAGGCCACCAGCGACACCCGUCCUAGCCACUACGCCAGCUAGCCAGAAGCGCAAGCAGCAGUCUAAGCCCACAUUCGCACUGGCAUCUCAACAGAAGCCCCUGAAGACAUAUCGUCUGAAGAGCUCUAGCAUCAGGUCCGAUCCCUACAUCGAAGACGAUAGCGAAAAUGGUUCCGGCAGCGGUGGUGACAAGACCAAUGGGGAGCAUACGACUAGCACUACAGCUGAAGCGUCCAGUCAGACUGUGAAGCAGACCAAACUAUAUUCGUCCGCCCAGAAGGAACGCGAUGCGGCAAGUAGACAGGCUGCAAUGGGUAACGGCAAUGCAAAAGCGAGAAAUAGCAAAGCAGCAGGUGGCAGCACUCCGACGCCACGCAGGUCUACGCAGACUCCUACAUCAAUCCGGAAGACGAAGAAACGAGCCAGCCAGCCAAAUACUCCUACUACGCCUCAGAAUCCGCUCAACCGAGUCUUCAAUAAGGAUGAUCUCCUACGGAUUACACAGGCCAUCGAAUCGUUCAGCGCCCAGCACAAGCUGACGCAAGUAGAAAUCAAUGACAUGAUUCAAGAGCGUUUCGGAGCCGGCCGGCACUCUUUCAACGAAGUGCUCGAUACACUUUGGAACACGAUUUUUUCCGUGUGCCCUGGAAAGACGCGUCAAAAAACGAUCGACUACUGUCGCAAGAACUUCCAUAACUUCAAGGCCGCGCGGCGGCAACUGGACAGUAGAAGAGGACGAGGACCUGGCGAUGCUGGUCGAGCAGCACGGCAAGCAGUGGACGAAAUUGUCCAAGGAACUCAACCGCCAUCCAGAGGAUAUUCGGGACAGAUACCGAAACUACGUCAUUUGCGGCCAGAAUCUGGAUCGGUCCGGCUGGACUGA